AUGGAAAAGAAACAAGUCUCAAAACGCCUGUAUGUCGGAGGGCUGGGCCACACGGUUUCUAAGGCUGAGCUGGAAGAGAGAUUCGGCAAGUUUGGGCGAGUUUUGGAAGUAGAGAUUAUUACCAGAAGAGAUGAGCAGGGGAACCCUGUGAAGACUUUUGCGUACAUCAGUGUCAGCAUUUCUGAUGCCGACCUUAGAAAAUGCAUGUCAAUUUUAAAUAAAUCAAAAUGGAAAGGAGGGACACUGCAGAUUGAGUUGGCUAAAGCAAGCUUUUUGCACAGGCUUGCCACAGAGAGAGAGGAAGCAAAGCUGCAGAAAGAAAAACCACAGAGAAAUGACAAAGGCUGUCUGAUAGAGUCACUGAAGAAGGCUGGAGUUGUGAACUUUCACAUGAAAGCAGUACCAGGUACAGAGGUGCCAGACCAUAAGAAAUGGGUUGUUGGUAAAUUUGGCAGAGUCUUGCCUGUCCUGCACCUGAGGAGUCAACAGAAAAAUAAAGUUGUGAAAUAUGACCCUUCAAAAUACUGCCAUAACCUUAAGAAGCUGGAACCAGACCUGACACGUGUCAUUCCUGUAUCUGAGCUUACUUGGCACUUGGAAGAGAGAGAGGACCUCAUAACCAAGAAGCGGCAAGGAGAGUUCCCUAUAACUAAGAAGCCACCUAAAAAACUGAGGCAAGCAGGCAGGGAGGCUCUGGAUGGAGCAGUAGUUCUCUCUUCUGGGGGCCAGUCACAUUCAAAAAACACAAGCUCAUCACAGCUAGCACAAAAAUCAAAAUCCAAAUCCAGUGAGAAGUCUAAAUUGCCUCUGUCAAGCGGUCUUAACAGUACUGUAUCAGGGAGAGAUUUAUUAUCAGUUGCAGCUCAUAAUAAUCUGAGUGUUUCUGAUAGUGACAUUGACUCUGAGGAAGAAAUCAGAGCAAUGGUAAAGAAAGAGAGAGAAAUACUGAAAGCUGAAAAUGUUGAGACUGAAAGUGACUUGGAAAUCGUUGGAGAUAAUUUUGAGUUAAAAUGCAAUAGUCACUGUUCCUCAAGCAAUCCAGAUGCCAUGAAGAAAGCUAUCAAAGGAGGUUAUGGAGAGAGAGAGACUGUGGAAUGUGAUAAUGGCUAUGAUUCAGCAGAUACAGAUGAAAUCAUUGCUGAAAGUAAAACUCCUGAUCGAAGUAGCAGGCAAACUGCAGUUUUAGAAGUUUCUAAACAGGUGAAGGUGGAAAAUAAAGAAAUGUUAACUAACAAAAAAUGUGAUUUGGUAAAUGACUCCUCACUUGAAACUCUUCCUUUAAAAGAAGACUAUGUUGAAAGAAAAGAGAAAAUGAAAAAAUUGACAAUUGCUGCCUUGCGGAGUACAGCAGUCAAGAGUACAACAAAUACCAGUGAUAGUGAAAGCUCUUCUUCAGAGCCUGGGACAGGGGAAUCUGAAAUCAGUUCUGAUUAUGAAUCCAUGAUGCAAAACUGUUAUCGCUUAGACCUUACAUUAGAUGACUUAAAAGCGUUAGCUGCUGAAACAGGGACACCAGGAGAGGACUCGGACAGUACACAGAGUUCUGGCCAGCUUAGUGUUGAAGAAAAUUCUAAGGAUAAUGCUGUAAAUAAAACCAAACUUCCUAAAUUUUACCCUGCAGGUAAAAAAAAAAGCAUCUGUCCUGAGGAUGUAGUUGCUGAGAUUUUAGCAGGGGAGGAGAAUGCUGAUGAAAGCUCCAAGGAACAAAAUAAUUCACAUUUGAAAUAUCAGCCCUUCAGAGGAAUGAGGUCCCUUUGUGAAAAAGAUUUAUCUAAGGACAGUGGGGGUUUAAAGAAGAGGUCUCCUGAAUGUUUAGGUCUUGAAGCUUGUGUUUCUUACUGUGGAGAGGAGUCCUCUAAAAGGCAGUCUGAGAAGCGUCCACUAUUUUCACUUGAAGUCAGCAGUACAAAGAGACAAAAUAUGCUUUGUGAACAGGAUAGGGAAUUGUCAGGUGCAGCCUCCUUAGCAGGUGAGAGAGAUCAGCCUCUUUCCCAGCCACGUUUACAAGAAAAGAGCAAAGAGGGGAGCUCAUUACAAGAGGACCAAACUUCAGAGCAGGGAGAUGCUGUUCCUCAUACUUAUCAGAGUGCAGAUGAGAGCAGUGACAUGGAUAGUAAUGCUGCAGUGUCACAGAAACAUCUUAAACGCCAACUGAAAAGCCCAAAGCUGCUUUCAAAAAAAUUGAAGAGGGAUGCAAGUAAUAAAAAUCCAGAAUGUGAAGCUAAUAAAUGUGAGAAUGGUAAGACAAGCCUUCUGGAAAAUAAGGAGCUUUGUCCUCGUGCUACUGCUUCAAAGGAUCCUCAUACAGAAAAGAAACAGUUGCAGGAUAACCAGAGAAGGCUGGCAGCUCUAGAAGAGAGACAGAAAGAGAGAGAACUGCAGAAGAAACUCAUUCAAGGAGCUCUUUCAAAUCUGGAUAGCCAGCAAGCAGGAAAGCAUAAGCACAUUAUCUUCAAUUCAGAUGUGGAAAGUGAAGCUGAAGUAGAUGAGAUGUUGAAGAAAGAUGCAAGUUUGGGAGAUACGCACAAAGAAUUGUUACUGGGAAAAAGUCCAGAUCAAUCUGCCCCUAAAACUUCAGGCAGACUGUUUGAAAGCAGUGAAGAUGAGCAAGAUGAUACAGAUGAUGAGAGGUUUAAAAUUAAGCCCCAGUUUGAAGGCAAAGCUGGUGAAAAACUCUUGAAAUUGCAGUCAAGAUUUGGCACAGAUGAAAGAUUUCGCAUGGAUGCUCGAUUCCUUGAAAGUGACAGUGAAGAAGAAGCAGAGACAAACGUCUUGAAGGCAGAUGAGGAAGAAGAGCUUGCUGCGGAGAAAAAGAAAAAUCUGGAAAUACUGGGAAGCCUCUUGAAUAUCAACCUGACACACCCAAAGCUAACUAAAACGGCCACAAGUGCUAGGAAAUUCAAAGAUAUUAAUGCCCUGCGCUAUGAUCCCACAAGACAGGACCAUGUGAUUUUUGAAAGGAAACCAAACGCUACAGAAAAAGAGAGUAAAGCUCAAAGGAAGAAGAAGAGGGAAGAGCGUGAGAAACUGCCUGAAGUGUCUGAAGAAACGUAUUAUGACAUUGCUGCUGAUUUAAAAGAGAUGUUUGGAUCUUCAAAGAGUGAAUCGAAGAAAAAGGAAGAAAUACCCUGGGACAAAGAUGAUGCGGAGGACUCUACCCCACCUGACCAUUUGGGACCUAAAGUUGAGAGUAGCGGCGCUCAAGAGUCUGGUGGUUUCACAUUUUCCUUCUUUCCAGACGUGGAGGAGUCAGCUGUAAAAGAAGUGCCUUACGUACUUGAAACAAUAAAACCUGUAAAAGUCUCAUGGCAAGAAGAUCCACGUUUCCAAGACAGCAGUUCUGAGGGUGAUGAUGAACCAGAGGCAUCAGAAAGUGAAAGGGACAAAGAAAUGUUUUUCUCUUUACCACAGCCAGAAAGUGCCAGAUUUUUCUUCUUCUCCAGAGAUGAUGAACGACUAAGAGAGGGCCCUAAGUUAUUUUGUAGAUCAGCAGACCUCAGUGAAGAAAAAGAUGAUUGGGAGGACAGACGUAGGUUAUUGCUUGAGGUAUGCCGGAAGAAGCAUAAGGAUGCAAGAAGGAAAGUAAAAGCAAAGCAAUAA